CCUUUAAAAACUCUUUUUCUUAAACAAAUCCCCAUAAAUAAAAGAAAAGUCACACAUGUAAUGGUGGUGUUUGCUAUUCAACGGAAAGCGAUCUGAAAAUUGGAACAGUACAACUACUGGUAGUGGAGACCGGAAAAAACCACAGCAGCGGAGCCUACACGUCAUCAGUCAUCUUCAUCGUCAUCCACCAGACCGCCACCACUAGCCUACCACCACUGUGGUCGUGGUUUCCAUCCAACAACCUUUUCAGACCUCUAACACCACCACUGGUCCCCACAAACAAAGACUUAGAAGAAAAGAGUUGAAGUCCGGUAAUUGAAACACCGGACUUAAUUCCACAAAUGCCACGUAAUCAAAGUCCGGCGAUGAUAACACCGAUCUUGGGGUGAUUUGUCAAAACCCGGUGUUUACAACACCGGACUUCCUAUCUUUACAAAUUUUCUUCAAAGAUACACUAGAAACACCAACCCUAUUGCAAAUGUUACCAUCCGUACAAAAAAUUCUUAUCUGUCACGUAGCUCAAAACAACACUUCUAAUUAAAAUGCAAAUGAACAUCAUGUUUUCUAGUCACUUGCUCUUCCCCAUACUACCACCGCUAGUGAUUCUAAUAAUAAUCUUGGUUCGUACUUUAAGAUCCAAGGAAACGUCUAGUCCUGGAAAAGACAAAAACAUUCCACCAGGUCCAUAUUCAUGGCCUAUUUUAGGCAACCUUCCACACAUGUUAAAAGGACCUCAUAUUUACUUCACCGAGCUAGCCCGGACCUACGGUCAGUUAUGCUCGGUGAAACUUGGCACGCAUUUGUUCAUCAUUGGCUCGUCUCCCGUGGCUGCUACCGAGAUCAUGAAUGCCCAUAACAGACUCCCUACUUAUAGGUGGGUGCCUAAAGCUGGUCAAGAUGGUUUACAAGAGUACUCUCUUAUAUGGGCCACUGAGUGCACGGAACUAUGGAAAAAUUUAAGAUCAUUAAUCCGGACAGAGUUAUUUUCGGCUAAAGGUUUAGAGUCGCAGUCUUGUAUAAGGGAAAAAAAUGUGGACAAAAUGGUGGAAUUCUUAAAAAGAAAACAAGGGAAACUUGUAAAUGUUCGAGAAGUUAUGUUUGCUACGACUGUUAAUAUACUUGGUAACAUUUGUUUUUCGGAAGACUUUAUUGGCUUAGAGAGUGAUGAGAAGGAAAGUGAAGGAUUGAAACGAGCACUUUAUCGGUUGAUGAAACUUGGAACUACUCCAAAUAUUGCAGAUUUUUAUCCGAUAUUUGAAAGGUUUGAUCCCCAAGGUUUAAAAAACAGGACAGCAGAGGCUAUGAAUGAAGCUUUUAGUGAGUGGGAACAUAUAAUUAAAGAGAGAAGAGCUAAAAGAGAAUCCGGGAAAUGGGUUGAUUCGGAUGAACAUGAUUUCUUGGACACCAUGCUUGGAUGCGGGUUUUCAGAUCUUCAGAUUAACCAGUUAACUGUGGAACUAUUCUCAGGAGGAACACAUAGCACGGCUUCAACGAUAGAGUGGGCAUUAGCCGAGUUGAUCAGGAACAAAAAAGCGAUGUUCAAGAUCCGAGGGGAGCUAAAGAAAGAAAUUGGUUCAACAAUGAACAUCAAGGAAUCACAGGUCUCCAAACUUUAUUAUUUGCAUGCUUGUGUUAAGGAAACGUUAAGAUUACACCCGCCGGCACCACUUCUACAUCCACAAGCAAUCUUAGAAGGGUGUGAAAUCUUGCAUUAUACUAUCCCUAAGAAUUCUCAACUAAUAAUCAAUGUUUGGGCAAUGGGACGUGACCCGAGUCUUUGGGAUGACCCAUUGUCAUUCAAACCCGAGAGGUUUUAUGAGUCUAAUGUGGAUUUUAAAGGGCAAGAUUUUAAGUUUUUACCUUUUGGUGUUGGAAGGAGAAUGUGUCCAGGGUAUCCAUAUGCUAUUAAGCAAAUACACCUUAUGUUGGCUUCUUUAGUCCAAAACUUUGAUUGGUUUCUUCCUAAUAAUAUGGAAGAUCUUUCCAAGUUAGACAUGAGAGAAAACUUUGGCAUCAUUUCACAAAGGAAAAAGCCCUUAAUGGUUAUCCCAAAAUGCAAAUGUUAACCUUCAAGUUGACUAGACGGCUUAGCGGCAUGUGGUUCGACCAGAGCGCAGGCGAUCGAGCAGCCGGAAACACGGGUAUAGAACUUGAAGGCAUGAUCCAUCUUUGUAUCGUUUAGUAGUUUCGAAUUACUUAAGAUGUUGAUUUGAGUAAGUUGUAAGUGGAAUAAGUUAUCUAUGUAAAUUAGAUUGUGUAAGCUAUUUCUUUUUUUGGAUUGUGCAAUUAUAUAUUUUUUCUUUUGUUGGAA